AUGAACAAUUUGUAUUCUGCGGCGUCCUUGUUAUCUGCAGUAGCAAGUAGCAAGUCAGAUACUUCCAACAUGUUGUGUCUGGAGGGAACUGGUGCCAACUCCACCACAAUGCAGAGCUUGGGUACAAUUCUGAAGAAUCAAGGGCAGAAUCUCUCACUGAAUUCGAUGUGCAUUACUCCAACACAAAGCAUGUCAUCCCAUCCCAUCUUGAAUCCCGGCUUUGGAGGACCGAGGAUUCCCGACACAAAUACCCCGCAGUUGUUUUUCCCAAUAGGAAAUCAAAGUCUUGCGAGAUUGGGCAAUCAGAAUGCUGCAGCUGUACCGAAUUCGUUCAAUUUGAUGGCGACCAAUCAGGACAUCAGUGCUUUGCUACACAGCAAUUUGAGCAAUGCUCCUGGGAACAUUCUCAACAAUUCGCAAUUUCUGAACCUUGGGAAUCACGGGCUUGCUUUGAACAGUCAGGCUCCAAGUGUCAACGGUGCUGGUUUGAACUCUUCAUUAGGAUCAACCUCUGCAAUUUCUCCCUUUAUUUUCAGCAAUAUUAUGGAAUCCAACUUGAGCUCAUUAGGAGUUCCCAAACACAACAGCAGUCCUGCGAACGUUUUUCCUACAUCCCUUUUACCGGAUUCUUCCUUGAAUAAUGUUCAGAUAUCAGAUGCAUCUUUCCAAUCUCGACUCGCGGUCUCUAUGCCCGGCGCAAAUUCGAUUUCAUCCCUCAAUCCUUCUCAGGUUCCAAAUGCUCAACUUGUUUCUCAGCAUCCCUCUGUAUUCAAAAGCACAGAUGUCUUGGGAAAACGAUCGCAGGUAGAAGAUACGAAGAACCCGUUUGAUCAGCUGGUUGACUCAUACGAGGGUUACAAUCGAAGAAUUAAAUCAGCCAAGAAGGCUGGGGAGCUGAAAGUUUCCAGCAAAGUAGAAAUCGAUUCCGCAGAGAGAGGAGCAUCAAGAACUCGAAGUGGCGGAGAUGAACAGCCUCAGGACGUUGUUACUGGACAGUCUUCAACCAAGAUCGAGCAUCGAAGCAUAUCUCGGAAACGUUUGGGAAUUCUACACGACCGUCGUGGCCGACUACGUGAAGUUGAAGACCUCUUCCUUGACUGCAUGGCAAUGCGACCAUACAUUGAGCUUGGUUACUCGUCACAGGUCUCGCUGUCAAUCGAUGUUGACUACAUGAAUCAUUUCUGUUUUCAGGCUUUGCUGAGUGCAUUUGCUGAUACCCGUGGAGUGCUUCUGGAUUCCAUCAGAGAAGCAGCUAGCAUAGCUCAGAGUGCAAUAGAUAUUCUUGCUGCUCAGGGAAAAUUCCCAUCAGAAUCUGCAGCCCAAGAGGCACAACGAAUGCAUGAGAAGAAAAGUUGGAUAUCAUUUGAGUUUGAUCCAGUGUCGGGAAAAAGGAAAACAAUUUCUUGUGGUCCAUCAAUUUCUGACAUAGUUGGGAUUUCCGAGGAGGACCUGAUUGCAAAGUUUUAUGCUCACGAAGUUCGCCUUCCUUGUAGUGAAAUCGAUUUUGUAUGCUUUGUGAUCGAGGAUUUGCUUUACUCUGUUGAUUCGGCAACGAGACAUUUUGUUGUACACACGAAGGGAGCGUCGUGGAUGCGUCAGGGAAAAGACACGGAAAGCAACAAAAACGACUUCUCUAAACCCGAUCUGUUGACCAAGGAUACAGGGGCAUAUGAUGCAGAGGUGUUAACUGUAUCGCACGUGUUCGAACGAGAUGAGCGGGGUAGACUCGUCAGGUUGACAGCGUCGUACGACAUCGCGGACGAGGAUGACUACCAGAAGGUUUUGUCAAGCGUUUCACCGCCGCUGAGCGUUCACACAAGAGAUGGGAAAGACUUCCAGAGCAUGUUGUGGCGCCACAAAGUUGCAAUUCAAUGUGUUGGGAAGCUUCUCCACAUCAAGAAGUCGCCCGAAGGGAGAGCAAAGUUGAUGGCAUUGGCGAAUUCCAUCAGGAAAAGAUCCAACGAUUUGAAAUGUAAAUUUCUCACCUGCCCUGGAAAUCGCAAGAAUAGUCUGCAAGGACUAUGGGACUCGGAUCUCGAGUUCUGA